UCAUGGAACCUUGAGAUUGGAGGGAAUUGGUCUCAUAGUGGCAUCUCCAUCUCCCUCUGGUUCUAAGAAAUUCUGAACAAUUCUCCUCCUCAAACCCCCUUUCCUUUGAACCCAUGUUUUCAUCUUUCAAUUCUUCCCCAUUUCAAAUACCCUCUUAACCAACCCAACCCACUUCCCCAUGUCUCGCAGACCCCUAGAUUCCCGCCAAUCCAUUGACUCCUGCACUCUCAAGCUCCAUACCUGGAGACCCUUCCACCAUCUCCACUCUGCUCCCAAAACCCUAGAUUCCGACACCCAUAUCUCACCUCCCACAACUUCUAAACCCUACUACUCUUCCACCGCCCUUCACACCAAGCGCCCUUGUCUCUCCGAUCGAACUACCUCUUUCAAUGUCGACGCCAUCGACAUGUCCAGGUUGAGUUUGAUUGACGACGACAAGCCUUCUAUUGCUGCAGGGCCUUACACUCGUCGUAGCUUUGGAUUGAUCGCUAGGAAGCGGCGGCGACGUGGAUCGAGGUCGGUUUCUGGGCGGAGUAGCGAUCGGAGUGGGACGAGGCGGUGCUGCUCUGUUGGAGCUUCGGCUGCCCAUGGGACUUGCUCCGAUUUCCCUCUGGCGGUUGGGACUGAUUCGAGUGGGGAGUUGUUUGUGAAUGGGGAUGCGAAUUGGUCUUCUGAUGUGAGUGAAGCCAAGAAUUCGAGGAGGGAGAGAGAUGAGAAGGAUCAUCAUUUGGGAGGUGGGUUUAGUUCUAAUGGAGGUCUUGAUGCUCAGGGAAAUGAAUCUGGGUAUGGUAGUGAACCUGGUUAUCGUGGAGAUGGUGAAUUUGGGUAUGGUGAUGAGAUCGAUGAGGAAGAUGAAGAUGCCAGAUUGCUGUUGUGGGGUGAACGACUCGGAGAUUCUCGAAUGGAAAUUGUAGGAGAGAACACGUUUUCAGAUCAGAAAUCACACCAUAGAUGUCGCCGUAAGAAGCACGAAUGUAGAAUGGUCGACACCCUGAGGUGAUGAAGCUAACAUCGAACUCGUAACGAGGCGACAAACACUUUGAAGCUCCUGAUGCUCUGAGACCUGGAAUCUUCAACUGCUAAGGAUCCCCGGUUUCGAGAUCGUCCUUAAAGUGCAGCUUACAGUAUCUAGAUUCCUCGCUGACACCUCCAUCGACUGCUGGUAUGAACUGUAGAACACCGACAUCCCGACGACUGCUGGUAUGAACUGUAGAACACCGACUUCCCGACGCUCGCUCACAGGGAAGAAAACAUAGUCCCACUGUCAAGUUAUCUUGUUUCACUUUCAACUGAACUCUUUUAACAGAGCUAUGUCUAUCAUCAAUGCACUCUAUAAUUUUAGCUGUAAAAUUGAAAUAAAGGAGUAAAGUUCAAAUUAUUAUCUA